UUGUCGAAAUUAAAGAAUGCCUGUUGAUAGUUUUGUGUAAUAAAUAAGUUUUUUUUUUACGUUUUUUAAACCCUUAAAAUGACGAGCAUGACUUCAUAUAACAAUGAUAAAGUGGUGCAAGGUGAGGUCGAAUACCCCGCAACUGAUCCUGCUUCUGGGGCCUUCUUUCAACCGGAUUAUAAAAAGAAUGAAGACUUAAAGAUGAUGUUGGAUGGAUCUAAAGAUUCUUUGAAACUCGAGGCUAUGAAGAGGAUCAUCGGAAUGAUAGCUAAAGGAAGAGAUGCAUCCGACUUAUUUCCAGCAGUCGUUAAGAAUGUCGUUUCAAAGAAUAUAGAGGUUAAAAAACUAGUGUACGUAUAUCUUGUACGGUACGCUGAAGAGCAACAGGACUUGGCUUUGUUAUCUAUCAGCACAUUCCAAAGGGCACUUAAGGACCCAAAUCAAUUAAUAAGGGCUAGUGCUCUCAGAGUCUUGUCGUCAAUCCGUGUACCCAUGAUCGUACCAAUCGUAAUGCUAGCUAUUAAAGACUCAGCAAGCGAUAUGAGUCCAUAUGUGAGGAAGACAGCCGCCCAUGCUAUACCUAAGUUAUACAGCCUAGAUCCUGACCAGAAAGAGGAGCUGGUCGCGAUCAUAGACAAACUUUUGUCUGAUAAAGCUCCUUUGGUUGUGGGGUCAGCAGCCAUGGCGUUUACUGAAGUCUGCGGAGAUAGGAUGAGCUUAAUUCACAGAAGCUAUAGGAAACUUUGUUCUCUUCUGGCAGAUGUUGAUGAAUGGGGUCAACUGACUUUGCUGAACGUUUUGACUGUAUACGCUAAGAGUCACUUCCCCAAUCCAAAUAAUGAUGUAAGUAUAAGUUACUCGAGUGAAAGCGAAAAGCCAUUCUACGAUUCGGACAGUUCAGGCGAUAAGGACAGCGCCCCGUCGGUGGACCCAGACUUACGUUUACUACUGCGUGCCGCUAAGCCACUAUUGCAAAGUCGGAACGCUGGCGUAGUUAUGGCCGUAGCACAACUUUUCUAUCAUUGCGGGCCUGUUCAAGAGUUGCCGCCUGUAGCGAAAGCCAUGAUACGUUUGCUACGAGCUCCGAUUGAAGUCCAGAGCGUCGUCCUCAACUCGAUAGCCUCUCUCACAGUCACCAGGCGGUCACUUUUCGAACCGUUUCUAAAAUCAUUCUUCGUGAGAAACUCCGACCCGACACAUAUAAAGCUCCUCAAAUUGGAGAUCUUGACCAACUUGGCUACCGAGGCCAGCGCCCCGGUUGUCCUGCGCGAGUAUCAAACCUACGUCACGUCUAAUGAUAAAGCCUUCGUUGCUGCCACUAUUCAAGCGAUAGGCAGGCUGGCGGUCGCCAUUAGUACGGAAACGGAAACUUGCUUGAAUGGUCUGCUGCAUCUGCUAUCGAGUAAAGAUGAGUGGGUGGUGUGCGAGGCGGUGGUGGUGGUGAAGCGCGUGGUGGGGGGCGGCGCCGCGUCCGCCAGCGCGGCCGUCGCUAGAGCUGCCAAGCUGCUUGAAAUAAUCCUCCCCCCCCCCAGGCUGGCGGGCGCGGCGCGCGCGGCGGCCGUGUGGCUGGUGGCGGAGCACGGCGCCAAGCUGCCGCGGGCCGCCGCCGUCCUGGCGCACAUGGCGGCCGCCUUCGCCGACCAGGACGAGCUGGUGAAGCUGCAGCUGCUGUCGCUCGCCAUGAAGCUGUCGCUGACGCAGCCGGACACGCUGCCGGUCUGCAAGUACGUGCUGUCGCUGGCGCGCUACGACGCCAGCUACGACGUCCGCGACCGAGCGCGCAUGCUACGGUGCUUCGUAGAGCCCGCGCCUACGUCGCUGCUGGCGCGCUACGCGGCCUACAUCUUCUGUCCGGACAAGCCGAAACCGAUUGUGCAUUCUAAUUAUAAAGAAAGAGACCAGUACACGGUGGGAUCUCUGUCCCAGUACAUCGGUUCGGCAGCUGUGGGCUAUCGCCCCUUACCAUCCUCCCCGAGGGAAACCAUCGCUGCUGAGUUGAGGGAAACGGCUGUUCCUGUCAGCGCUCCCGUUGUUGAAGAGGGACAGAAAAACAAGAGUUUCUACUCGGAACCGGACAGCGACGUUUCUGGUUCGACAUCAUCGAGUUCCUCAGACUCCAGCAGUUCUGAAGAAUCUUCUGACGAGGAAGAAGCAAACGAAGUCGUAAAGAAAGAAGAGAAACCGAAAGAGAGUAACAAUUAUAAAUCGUCAAAUUCUGGGACAUCAGACUCAGAGUCAGACAGUGAGUCGUCCAGUUCAGAAAAUGAGUCGGACGACUCUGAAAGUAGCGAGGAUGACGAGAAGGAUGAACAAAAGGUCAGUUGUAUUUUAGUAAAAAAAAAUUUGUUGUUAACGUUAUGUCAUUGUCUAUAUAAGGAAACACCAAAAACAGAAUCAGAAGCGAAGGAUCAGAAAAACGAGAAGUCAAACUUGGAAUUACUUCUAGAGCUGGAUGAAGUCGCCAGCUCCUUACCCACCAUGACACCCACUUGUGGAGGUUUCUUGUCACCACCGAGCGUCCCUCCCUCUGGGGUUGGAGAGGUUGACAGCAUUACCCCUGUGGGCCCCUCGCUGGUCCCGUCGACUCAGACGGAGGUGAUCUCGCGCGUGACGUCACGAGGCCUCGCUGUAACGCGUCGCUGGACCCGCGCGCCCCAUCUCUACUCGCACAAGAUGUGCGCCGUCGAGCUCUGCCUCACCAACCACACGCCCGACGACAUCGAGAACAUCCGCGUCAACAAGAAGGUAGCUCCCUCUCUGCCUCAUCUCUACUCGCACAAGAUGUGCGCCGUCGAGCUCUGCCUCACCAACCACACGCCCGACGACAUCGAGAACAUCCGCGUCAACAAGAAGGUAGCUCCCUCUCUGCCUCAUCUCUACUCGCACAAGAUGUGCGCCGUCGAGCUCUGCCUCACCAACCACACGCCCGACGACAUCGAGAACAUCCGCGUCAACAAGAAGGUAGCUCCCUCUCUGCCUCAUCUCUACUCGCACAAGAUGUGCGCCGUCGAGCUCUGCCUCACCAACCACACGCCCGACGACAUCGAGAACAUCCGCGUCAACAAGAAGGUAGCUCCCUCUCUGCCUCAUCUCUACUCGCACAAGAUGUGCGCCGUCGAGCUCUGCCUCACCAACCACACGCCCGACGACAUCGAGAACAUCCGCGUCAACAAGAAGGUAGCUCCCUCUCUGCCUCAUCUCUACUCGCACAAGAUGUGCGCCGUCGAGCUCUGCCUCACCAACCACACGCCCGACGACAUCGAGAACAUCCGCGUCAACAAGAAGGUAGCUCCCUCUCUGCCUCAUCUCUACUCGCACAAGAUGUGCGCCGUCGAGCUCUGCCUCACCAACCACACGCCCGACGACAUCGAGAACAUCCGCGUCAACAAGAAGGUAGCUCCCUCUCUGCCUCAUCUCUACUCGCACAAGAUGUGCGCCGUCGAGCUCUGCCUCACCAACCACACGCCCGACGACAUCGAGAACAUCCGCGUCAACAAGAAGGUAGCUCCCUCUCUGCCUCAUCUCUACUCGCACAAGAUGUGCGCCGUCGAGCUCUGCCUCACCAACCACACGCCCGACGACAUCGAGAACAUCCGCGUCAACAAGAAGGUAGCUCCCUCUCUGCCUCAUCUCUACUCGCACAAGAUGUGCGCCGUCGAGCUCUGCCUCACCAACCACACGCCCGACGACAUCGAGAACAUCCGCGUCAACAAGAAGGUAGCUCCCUCUCUGCCUCAUCUCUACUCGCACAAGAUGUGCGCCGUCGAGCUCUGCCUCACCAACCACACGCCCGACGACAUCGAGAACAUCCGCGUCAACAAGAAGGUAGCUCCCUCUCUGCCUCAUCUCUACUCGCACAAGAUGUGCGCCGUCGAGCUCUGCCUCACCAACCACACGCCCGACGACAUCGAGAACAUCCGCGUCAACAAGAAGGUAGCUCCCUCUCUGCCUCAUCUCUACUCGCACAAGAUGUGCGCCGUCGAGCUCUGCCUCACCAACCACACGCCCGACGACAUCGAGAACAUCCGCGUCAACAAGAAGGUAGCUCCCUCUCUGCCUCAUCUCUACUCGCACAAGAUGUGCGCCGUCGAGCUCUGCCUCACCAACCACACGCCCGACGACAUCGAGAACAUCCGCGUCAACAAGAAGGUAGCUCCCUCUCUGCCUCAUCUCUACUCGCACAAGAUGUGCGCCGUCGAGCUCUGCCUCACCAACCACACGCCCGACGACAUCGAGAACAUCCGCGUCAACAAGAAGGUAGCUCCCUCUCUGCCUCAUCUCUACUCGCACAAGAUGUGCGCCGUCGAGCUCUGCCUCACCAACCACACGCCCGACGACAUCGAGAACAUCCGCGUCAACAAGAAGGUAGCUCCCUCUCUGCCUCAUCUCUACUCGCACAAGAUGUGCGCCGUCGAGCUCUGCCUCACCAACCACACGCCCGACGACAUCGAGAACAUCCGCGUCAACAAGAAGGUAGCUCCCUCUCUGCCUCAUCUCUACUCGCACAAGAUGUGCGCCGUCGAGCUCUGCCUCACCAACCACACGCCCGACGACAUCGAGAACAUCCGCGUCAACAAGAAGGUAGCUCCCUCUCUGCCUCAUCUCUACUCGCACAAGAUGUGCGCCGUCGAGCUCUGCCUCACCAACCACACGCCCGACGACAUCGAGAACAUCCGCGUCAACAAGAAGGUAGCUCCCUCUCUGCCUCAUCUCUACUCGCACAAGAUGUGCGCCGUCGAGCUCUGCCUCACCAACCACACGCCCGACGACAUCGAGAACAUCCGCGUCAACAAGAAGGUAGCUCCCUCUCUGCCUCAUCUCUACUCGCACAAGAUGUGCGCCGUCGAGCUCUGCCUCACCAACCACACGCCCGACGACAUCGAGAACAUCCGCGUCAACAAGAAGGUAGCUCCCUCUCUGCCUCAUCUCUACUCGCACAAGAUGUGCGCCGUCGAGCUCUGCCUCACCGACCACACGCCCGACGACAUCGAGAACAUCCGCGUCAACAAGAAGGUAGCUCCCUCUCUGCCUCAUCUCUACUCGCACAAGAUGUGCGCCGUCGAGCUCUGCCUCACCGACCACACGCCCGACGACAUCGAGAACAUCCGCGUCAACAAGAAGGUAGCUCCCUCUCUGCCUCAUCUCUACUCGCACAAGAUGUGCGCCGUCGAGCUCUGCCUCACCAACCACACGCCCGACGACAUCGAGAACAUCCGCGUCAACAAGAAGGUAGCUCCCUCUCUGCCUCAUCUCUACUCGCACAAGAUGUGCGCCGUCGAGCUCUGCCUCACCAACCACACGCCCGACGACAUCGAGAACAUCCGCGUCAACAAGAAGUUGUUGACGGGGUCUCGCGCUAUCCAUGAGUUCGCAACGAUCCCACGUCUGGGCCCCGGGUCUAGCGUGACUGGUACUUUGGGCGUGGACUUCGCUGACUCUAUACAGCCUAUCGAGUUCACCAUCAUUAGUUCUUUGGGUGAAGUCCAAGCAUCGAUCACCCCACCGGUGGGCGAGCUGAUGAGAGCGGUCACCAUGUCUCCAGCACGUUGGGAUCAAGAGCAGAAAAAGUUACGGGGAAUGACUGAGUGCAGCAAACAAGCCGUUAAACUAAAAGACGAACAAGCGAUAUGUAAGCGUGUCUUCGAAACCGCUAACCUAGCCGCUAUCGCAGCUACCGGAGAAUUUCUGAGGUUCGCGGGACGAAUGAUGUCGUCGCAAGAUUUAGUUUUACUGUCCGUUAAAAUAGACGACGCUUGUACGGUGACCGCUAAUUGUUCCAAUAUGGCCAUCGCGUCGAUGUUAGCAAAUCAAAUCGCACAGGCCUUUGCUAGAAAUUAACUAAAACUUUGUACCUACAUCAAAAGAAAAGAAAAGGAUUCGUUCUAAAUAUAUGUUCGAUUAUUAACGGUUCGUAAUCGAAACUAACCGUUUUUUGAAUAUAGGAACAGAGAUUUGUAAGCAAAA